AGCACAUUUACAAGAAUCAGGAACUGACUCCAGUGCAACCAAUGGUCACUGGAGAUCCCCGAGCCUAACUCUUCCCAUGUCAUAUGCAAAACACCUAAGGAACCCUUUAAUAGCCUGUCAGGCGGUGCUUCCUGCAGCCCGGCCGCCCCCUCCUGGCAGCAUGGUGUGCUCUAUUGUAAUAUUACAUUAGUGCUGCUGCUUGCUUUCUCCUCCUCACUAUGCAAAGUGCCCCCAGCCUGUGCUCACUAUGGUGAUUGACAGCAGCUCAGUGCCUGUCUGCAGCCAGCCAGGGGUAAAGCUCCCUCUCUGAACUUUGUAUCACUCUCAUCAUUGCCGCUGGAUGCCUACGCCCAGCAUCUCAUUUCCUCUUUCUGCCCCCCGAUGAGGAGGACAUUUGAUCGAUGUCUCGGGGCUGUCGGUGUGGCUCACGUCUGCGGAAGCGACCCAGAUACUGAGUAAACUAGCGAGAAGUAACUCGAAGGGAGAAGAGGCGCAGACAUCUGGAUCUCACGCCAAAAGCCCCACAUUGCACCAGUCUGGGAUUUGAUGCAGAAGUCUCUUUUCUACAUGCAAGUGGCGUUUUCUUGGAGGACAUCCGUAUAAACAUCCUGCAGCAGUCAUUUCUGCACCCAUUGUGGUGAGUUUGCUUAGGACUUGAGUGGAUCUCUGGUAUAUAAAGAAGAAGUUUCAGAAUGGGAAAACAAAACAGUAAAUUGCGACCUGAAGUUCUACAGGACCUACGUGAAAAUACAGAGUUCACAGACCACGAGCUGCAGGAGUGGUACAAAGGUUUCCUGAAGGAUUGUCCAACCGGACAUUUAACAGUAGAUGAGUUUAAAAAGAUCUACGCAAACUUUUUUCCCUACGGAGAUGCUUCAAAGUUUGCAGAGCAUGUGUUUCGCACAUUUGACACAAAUGGUGAUGGAACGAUUGACUUCCGGGAGUUUAUAAUUGCACUAAGUGUGACAUCACGGGGCAAACUGGAACAGAAGCUUAAGUGGGCGUUUAGUAUGUAUGACCUGGAUGGAAAUGGCUACAUAAGUCGUGGAGAGAUGCUAGAAAUUGUCCAGGCAAUCUACAAGAUGGUGUCUUCUGUGAUGAAAAUGCCAGAAGAUGAGUCUACACCGGAGAAGAGGACAGAUAAGAUCUUCAAGCAGAUGGACACGAAUAAUGAUGGUAAAUUAUCCCUUGAAGAAUUUAUCAAAGGUGCCAAAAGUGAUCCUUCAAUUGUGCGAUUGUUACAAUGUGACCCAAGCAGCACAAGUCAGUUUUAAUGAUUUCUACCAAACGGACAGUCUCAACCAAACACUGGCUUGUCAAUCAAGCUUUGCUUGCAAGUGAAUGCCUUCUCAGUCAUUCCUCUACUCUUAAGUGGAUAACAACCCCUUGCCAGAUUGUUUUCUAUGUAUAAGGGAAAAAUGGAAAAACAAAAAAAACAGCAACCAGCCUUGUGCCCGAUUCUUUUACUGUAUAUGGCAUUUAUCUCCUAUACAUCACAUCCAAUGUCAGGUAUGUUUACAUAUGGAUACCAUGGAAAGGCGAGGCCCUGGACAACACUACAACGGAACUUGGUUAUACUAAGAAAAUAUGUAGCUGCUUCACUUUGCAAACAAAUGCCGGCAAGGAUACAUGGACAAUGUUUAAAGCACAAGGGUAUAUUUUUUUUUUCUUUAUUUUUUUUAUGUUAUUCUUUUAUGCAAAUGGCUUUAAAUUCUGUACUGAAUAAAAUGUAAUUCUGCGGAUAUUUAUGUAUGUACAGACACACUAAUGAAGAUAUCAAGGGUGUAUGAUCCACUAAGGCAGACCAAGUGGCUGCUGUGGGGCGCUUAGAACAGUGGGGACCCAGACUUUGUUUAACCCCAUAUCCAUUCCUCACCAGAAACUGCAUUGUUAGCAAACCAAGGGGUGGGGAAAUGGCCCAAGGGUCAUAGAGGGCCCUUCUGUCCUGGGGUAAAUGGUUCCCUUUUCAAUUUCUGAGUUGGGGCCACCUCUCUUUUAUGUAUGCCCCGGGGGUUCUUUUGUUUAGGUAUUAACAUGACCCAACAGGUGGUGGAAUCGGGUAGAUUAAAGAAUUCUCUGGAUCAUCGGACAGUCUGGAUAGUUGCCCAAACUGGAUAGUUGCCCAAGUUUAUUUUAUUUGUUUUAUUUUUUUUAAUCCCACCCCCAGCCAGUGGGACCUGUGAGGAGAAAGAUAAUUACCUGCUUCCUGCCCUUCAGAUCUGAUAUUGAUGACUUAUCCCGAGGAUAGGUAUUUAAUAUCAUAGCAUAGCACCCUUUUACUAAUCCCCUGCCCCUCUGGUGCCAACGCUUCCCUUUCCCGCCACUGGUCUCUGGUGUUUUGGUCUGUUUCAGCACUGAUGUGUCGACACAACAUAAAACCGCUGCGGCUAAUCCCUGGCUGCAGCAGUGACGUGUCAACACCACUGAGGUAUUAACCUUAGUGAUUGUCUGCAGCGGUCACAUGUCGUGUUGACAUGUCUUCAAUGGAACGAGGAGAACAGAGACCAGCGGGGGACCUGGGAAAUGUCAUUAUCGGCGCAACAUGGGAUUAGUAAAGUGAGGAUUCAUUUUUUUGUUAUUUUACACCAUAGUAAGGUUGUGGUGUUGUUUUUCUUUUAAACAUUCACAGAUGUGGACAACCUCUUUAAAUUAUAAAUUGCUGGCUACCUGCAGUUACCACUAGAGCGAGCGUAGGCGCUUACUGCAUAUUAUCCUAUUCAGCAACCUUCUGCUUUAAGUCUUGUAAAUAAAAUAUCUGAAAUUCUGAACCAUUC